AUGAAGGGUCAGCAGGUAAAGGGGCUUGCGGCCAAGCCUGAAGACACUAGUUUGAUCCCCGGGAUCCAUUUGGUGAAGAAAAAAAUGAUCGCUGCAAGUUGUCUUCUGACUGUGGCAGGCGCAGCCCACCUAAUCCUUACAAUCUACCCGCCUUCCUCAGCAGGGCAGCCCCGAGGCCGGAUCCUGGGUGGCCGGGAGGCCCCAGCCCAUUCUCGGCCCUACAUGGCUUCGGUACAAGUGAACGGCACACACGUGUGCGGUGGCACGCUGCUGAACGAGCAGUGGGUGCUGAGCGCUGCACACUGCAUGGAUGGAGUGAUGGAGAACGAGACUGUGCAGGUCCUCCUGGGUGCCCACUCCCUGUCGAAGCCUGAACCCUCCAAGCGGCUAUAUGAUGUGCAAAGAGCAGUGCCUCACCCAGGCAGCCGGCCCGACAGCAUUGAGGACGACCUCCUUCUCUUGAAGCUGUCCCAGAACGUCUCGCUGGGCCCCUACGUGCAGCCUCUACCCUUGCAAAGCAACGACACAGAGGUGGAAGCCGGCACGCUCUGCGAAGUGGCUGGCUGGGGCGUGGUCAGCCACGCGGGGCGCAGGCCGGAUGCCCUGCAGGUUCUCAGAGUGCCAAUCAUGGACCGGAACACCUGCAAUCGGCGCGUGCACCACGACGGGGCCAUCACCCAGAACAUGAUGUGUGCCGAAAGCAACCGCAAGGACAGUUGCAGGGGAGACUCCGGCGGCUCUCUGGUGUGCGCCGACGUGGUGGAGGGUAUAGUCACGUGGGGUUCUCGAGUCUGUGGCAACCGUAUGAAGCCAGGAGUCUAUACUCGCGUGGCAAACUACGUAGACUGGAUCGAAAACACCGUUCAAGACUUUGGUGGCGAGCCGGGCGUGGCUGGGGGAGAGGAGUAG